GUGGCCGUGAACGAUCUCAGUGCCAGCCUACGCGCGUCAAGAGGAGCCCCGCGCUCUCCCAAUCGCCUGUGGAAAGGCGUGGCUGCCUCGGCCCCUCCGACGAAUGGUGGGAAAAAAUGGGAGGGCGCCGCCGGACUCGGGCUUUUGAGGUCCCUCUCUCCGAAGGAAGGUAGGCUGCAGCGUGUGUGUUUAUUGAUGAGAUGAAAGAAGAAGAUGGAAGUGAGACGUGAAGCAAAGUGAGGGAAAAUAUAAAAAAAAAAAAGAAAAGAAGAAAAAAAAAGAGAAAAAAAAAUAACCAAAAAAACUCAAGCUUGGUCGUAAGAAGAAGAGGAGGAGAGAGAGAGAGAGAGUGAGUGAGGGAGAGAGAGAGAGAGAGAGAGAGAGAGAGAGAGAGAGAGAGAGGUGGAAAAAAAAAACAAAACAAACCGGAGAAGCUGUGAAACGCUGUGGGCCAGUCUCUUUAGGAGCAAGCAGUGAUCGGUUUGGAUUGGCUGAAGACGACGACGCUGUCAGAGGGACGUCAAAUGUGAUCUGUGCAGCCAAGGCAAGGUGGAGGAACAACUUCUCCAUCCAAAACCCAAAGAAAGUCGUCGAGGGAGUUUGAGCUGAAGUCUUAUUCUUCAAGCAACAAUAAAGGCUAAAAAUUGCAGUGCAGCUGCUGAUGGCAAUCGUGAAGACUGUGUGAGGUUUGGACGGCGGCCGAGAGAGAGAUGAAGUGAGCGUCCGGCAGCUCUCCUCACACACUCGCCAGCACCAGCAAACCUGUAGCAUCCUGCCCCUGUGCCUCUCACACACACACCACUACCCUACAGAGCGCCAUCAGACUGUGACAUCAGUUGCAAGGGGAUGACCGAGCGCAUUCACAACAUCAACCUUCAUAACUUCAGCAAUUCUGUACUUGAGACCCUCAAUGAGCAGCGAAACCGCGGGCACUUCUGUGACGUGACCGUUCGGAUCCAUGGCAGCAUGCUGCGAGCCCACCGGUGCGUUCUGGCCGCUGGGAGCCCCUUCUUCCAGGACAAGCUGCUGCUGGGCUACAGCGACAUUGAAAUCCCGUCCGUGGUGUCCGUUCAGUCCGUCCAGAAGCUGAUUGACUUCAUGUACAGCGGCGUGCUCCACGUGUCCCAAUCAGAGGCGCUGCAGAUCCUGACCGCGGCAAGCAUCCUGCAGAUCAAGACGGUCAUAGACGAGUGCACGCGUAUUGUCUCGCAAAAUGUCGGAAUCGCUGCUCCUGGAAGCUUCCCGGUUGUCCCCGGAGAUUCGGGACAAGAUACACCCCGUGGGACGCCCGAAUCUGGCACGUCCGGCCCCAGCAGCGAUGCGGAAUCGGGAUACAUGCAAGCAACAUCCCAGCAAAGCCUAGACCGGGUGUAUUCUUCUCUCUACUCCAGCUGCACUGGGUUAGGGUUGCAGAAUGGCACUCGAGGAGGCGAACGCCCGCACUAUGCUGCCGCCUCCGGGGCGACUGCCAUCAGCUACAAUUCGGCUAUCCCACUGCAGCAGAAGGAAGGUGGUCAAGACCCGGCUUGGAUCACCCGCAUCCACGAGCGCUCUCAGCAGAUGGAGCGCUUCCUGGCUUCGACAUCAGAGAGCACACACUGCCGCAAGCAGCCAAGGCCCGUCCGGCUCCACACAGGCAGUGGAGACAACGUUCACAUCAAGCAGGAGCAGGGAGAUGACUAUGGCUGCUAUGGGCUGGAUGAGUGCCGGGAAGACAACGAGCAGACGGAGGGCGCUGACAGCGAACCGAAAGGUGAAAGCUUCGACUCGGGGGUCAGUUCCUCCAUCGGUACUGAGGCUGACUCUGUAGAGCAGCAGCAGUACCUGUCCGGGUUUGGUCGUGAAAACGGUGCCCAGGGCGAGGGAGGAACACCUGUACAGAUCGAAGUCACCGACUCAUCCCCUGAACAGACCCAGGAGGGUAUGGAAGAUAACAACGGACAACCGCAGAAUGCUGGCAGUGAAGUGGCCAUGCUCCAGCCACCACCUCCUAACCCUGCUGGGCCUCCGUCCGUACCCGGUGGUCAACUGUACAUCCGACCCGGAGAGACACUGGCCAGCAACUUGCGCAUGCCGCUCACUCUGACCAGCAACACACAGGUUAUGGGCACUGCGGGCAACACCUAUCUGCCCACACUUUUCGCCACGCAGUCGGCCACCGAGAACAAGCCUUUCCUCUUCAGCCUGCCCCAGUCUAUGGGCAGCCAGCAGCCGCAAUUUGUGGCCGUGCCGCCCCAUAGCCUGCCUCCGUUUCCCAGCGGCCUCAGCGGUGUUCCCCCACCAUCCGGGGCCCAGCAGCAAGCGGCUUCAGGGGUGGGACAGCAGGGCGAAAAGAAACCCUAUGCCUGCACUCUCUGCUGUAAAACCUUCACUGCCAAACAAAACUACGUCAAACACAUGUUCGUGCACACCGGUGAGAAACCCCACCAAUGCAGCAUCUGCUGGCGCUCGUUCUCCCUGAAGGAUUACCUUAUCAAACACAUGGUCACGCACACAGGCGUCCGCGCCUACCAGUGCAGCAUCUGCAACAAGCGCUUCACCCAAAAGAGCUCGCUCAACGUCCACAUGCGGUUGCACCGCGGUGAGAAGUCCUACGAGUGCUACAUCUGCAAGAAGAAGUUCUCCCACAAGACCCUGCUGGAGCGCCACAUGGCCCUGCACAGCACUGCUGCCGGGGUCACCGGGGUCGCUGGGGUCCCCGGAGUCCCCGGGGUGACUGGAGUGGCUGGGGUGACAGGCGGAGCUGGUGCUGGAGGCCCCGCCUCCAUCCCGGUUCCCAUGGCGGUGCCGGAGCCUGGGACGGGCGUGGUGGCUUUGGCCAUGCCGGUUGGAGGAGGUGGGGCUGGGGGCGGAGUCGGUGGUACAGGAGUGGGUGUGGCAAGUGGAGUGGGCGUGGCUGCAGAAGCGAGCUGCCAGGAAGGGACCACCUACAUGUGCUCUGUGUGCCCUGUCAAGUUCGACCAAAUCGAGCACUUCAACGACCACAUGCGCAAGCAUGUCUCCGACGGAUAAGUACAAAUCCUAAAAGAGAAAACAAACUUCUUUUAACAACAAAAAAGAAUGAAAAGAUAAUGGCACUAGAUUUUUUUUGUUUUGUUUUGUUUUGUGUUUUUUUCCCUGAUAUUGGGGCAUGAAGAGUAAAAAUGAGUAUAGACACUGGCACAUUGAGUUUCCCAGAAAAAAAAAGAGGCGUUUUGUUUUUUUUUUUUUUGGUUUUUCUUUUCGUCGUUGUUAUUCUUAAAGAAUAAAAAAAAAAAGAUGGUGGCCUUAAGGCUGUGUAGUUGGAUAAUGAUCCACUGGCUGGAUCCAAACUACUGGCCUCUAAAUGUAUGAUUUCCUCAAAUACUGAUUUAUGUGUUGAACACUACCGAAAGGCCUGCGAAAGAUACAUACAGAUACAGAUAAAAACACAUUGAACACAUACACACACACACAAACACACACACACACACAUACAGAUGAGUUAUUCGUAUGUAUGUGUUUAUAUGGCUGUGCUCGUGCGCGUGUGCGUGUUGUGCAGAGAUAAACAUUGCCGUGAAUUUUUUUUUUUUAAACUUGUAGACGUUUUUCCCAUGUAGACCGUUUUGGACACUAUAGGCGUCCAAGCUUACUGUGGUAUACCUUUUUUAAAAAAAGAAGAGGAAAAAAAUGAGCAUCUGGCUCGGGCUCUCGAUUCGUUCUGAAAAAAAAGUAAUGAUGGUCACAAGUUUGCCUUUUUAGUGUAGGAUAAGAAAAGGAGAGUUGACACUGGUUUUUAUUUAUUACUAUGGUUUUUGAGGGAUAAUGAUGCAGCUGUUAUCAAGGUACAAGUCAACUUCAAUAAUUGUACUGAAAUGUAACUUCCUGUGAGUGAGCUGAAGAAAGAUAAUUAUUGUUUUAUCGUUUUUUUUUUUAGUUUUUUUAAAAAUCCUGACUCUUUAUUCGAUGGCAAGUUUACGAAGUUUGUUUAUAUUUUUUAAAAAAAAGUCAGUAUUCGAGCAAAAAUGUUGAUUUUGUUUUGCAUACACUGCCACUAAGAAGACUGUUAUUUGACCUCUUCCACUUAAACGAAAAAAAAAAAAUUAUGUAAGAUUGAAAAAAACAACAAUGUUGUUUUUUGUUUUUGUUUAAAGCUCUUUUGGCUUUAAUUGACACAUCAAUCUCGUUCACACCAUUUUUUUAAUAAACAAAAAAACAAGGAUUUUACAUUUGCAGUAAAAGGCAGGCUUUGGUAUGCAAACAGGCCCGCCCUCGCUGCUACGUGAACGUGGCUAAGUCGAGGCUUGCUGAUGACAGCUGUAAGCUGGAUUAGACGAAGAGCGAUUUAGCAAACUGGACAGAAAUGACCUCCUAAAGGCCUGAAAAAAGAAAAAAAGGUUUUUUAAAAAAAAACCACCCGCUCUGUGUUUCCUGUUGGCAACGUCUAACCGUGACUCAGCUGUUUGGGCGGGUGGGGCGAAUAAAAUGCACUACUUCUGAUCUUUAAGCCCCACCUAGUGGCUCAAAUGGCCAAACAGUGUAUGGUUUUUUUUUUUUUGUUUUCUUUUUUUGCCCGACAGGAAUUACAGACGGUGUUGGAAGAAGAAGAAAGGGCAACAGAGAUAGAGAAGAAGACAAAAAGGACAAGAGCAAGAGAAUGAGAAAAAAACAAGGCAACUACAUUACUGAACCACAGCAAAAUAAUAAACCCGGUCAAUUUCAUUCUUUUUAAAUAUACCACAGCUUAACAAGAUAAUACUCUCCAGACAAUAAGAUACAUUCCCGAAUUUCAUGGAUAACUAGACGUCGUGUGUGUUGAGUAGAUUUUUUUCCGAGACGUGAGACGAGAAGAGGUUGUAAUUUAAGUGUCAUGUCACUCAAAAAGCUCUGCGCUGGUAUUUUGGCUUCGUCGUUCUCGUAUUGUUCCAGACUCAUCCGCCUGCAACUGCAAUCUGGAGAUUUUUUUUAUUUUUUUUUGCUCACUCCUUCAAGGACUUGUUUUUCUGUAGUUAGGAUGGUGAGAUCAUAAUUAGUUUGACUUCCUUUUUUGUGUUGGAAUUUAGUCCAAAAAUAAUAAGUUGUAGAUCACAAAAGAGGAAAAAAAAACAGUGCUACUUUGCACACUUACUUCAAAUGCCUGUGCUUAAUAUUAAAUUGUUUUACUUAAGAAAUGAAAUUCUAUGAUUUUUUUUCUUUUUAUUUCUUUCGUUGGUUUUAAAGGAAAUAUCUUUCUUAAAAGCUUGAUAAGAGGACUGCAUUGUUUUCUUGCAUAUAUGUUGCACUGCAUAAACCGAUAAGUGCACUACUGUUACCAGAGAUGUUCUAGUUUUUAGAGAAAAAGAAUCAUUUUUUUAUCUAAUGUUUGGUUCUAGAGUUCACUUGUGUUCGAGUAGCUUUGUUCCUUUUUUAUGAUGAGAUGAUUAAAGGUUUCUCGGCUUUUGUUAUUAUUAUUAUCGCUUGCUAAUGUAUGUAUUUUACUUGUGCUGUGUUUUGUGCGAGCAUUUGUUUUUGUUUGUUUGUUUGUUUUUCUCCUAUUUAAAUCCGAACCAUUGUGUGAGCUUGUCCUUGGGUUUUUUCGCCAUUUUAUUCAUUUGAUGACUUUAACGUGUUUUCUUUUUCACCACUGAAUCCCUCCCUGUCUCCCCACCAGCAGUUGCUGCAUUGCAUACAUUGAGACAGACAGAUUCUCAAAUUUUUCUUCCCGUACGUAAAGCGUUCAUACCAAACAAAAUCCAAAACGUUAAAAAAAAGUUUUCUAUCGUGUGAGUGUGCUUGAACGUAACAAUACGUGUGUUUUAGUAAACUGGUUUCUAUGGCAGGGUGGUUGUGCGCAGCUUUCCUUUCUGUGCUGUCCUAGAGGAUGUGCGUAUGUAUGUGUAGGUGUGCAUGAGCGCGUAUUCCCCCUUGUGUUGUAUGGUUAGUGAUGCCUGAACUGCGGGGCUUCCUUUGCAAUAUGCAGUGCAGGUACUUGUGAGAAGCAGCAGCAGACGCAUGUGUUUUCUCGCUGGCUUGUGAGCGCAUUUACGACGCACAGCAAUGGCAACUUUCACUAGAACAAUUACAGCAAAUAAAAUUUUAAAAAAAGAAAAAAAAAAGAAAAUUACCACCUUCAGCCCUCUAUCCAGACAAGAAAAGAGCAUGAUAUUUCUCUUCCUGCUGACCUUGGCCUGACCCAGAGAUGAGUCUUUAUGCGUUACCUGACCACAGUCAGCCCUGGAGUUGGUGAAGUUGUAAAGUUUUCUGCUCUGAAGUCUACUCCUGUGCUUCUUGUGCAUUGAGCUUUUCUUAACAGAGAGUUGCAUUCAGACCUAAUCUAUACCUGCUGCAUCUUUUAGUCACCACAGAUAAUAGUUUCAACACAUUUCCUUAAAUUCAGAAAAGGACAGAAAAUCUACUCACGCAAAAAACUCUUCGAAUAAAAGCCGAUGGGCAAUAGUCUCCAUGGCAAUCUUGGAGCCUGUGAAAACAAAUUACAAAAUUAGACUUAUUAUUACAAUCAUUACUCCACAUCACUAUGAAGAUAACAAAUUCUUCCUUCUCAUAAAAUAAUCCCACCUUUACGAAUUCUUCAACUAAAGACUUCAUAAGUGCUUCUCAUAAAGAAAUGCUUGAUUGAAUUGAUAAACCCACUGGCUUUAUUUUAAGUGAGGUUUGAGUCAAUGGGUUUGAGUCACUGUCUGUAGUGGUUUUUUUCCCAUACUACAGAUCAGGCAGAUAGACGCUUGAGUAUUGCUUUAAACUGCCAUCAUGUCCAAAUGUCAAAGGUUGGGGUGUUGGAAGGUCGCCCUCGGCUUUGGACAGGACAUACGUUUUUCGGUGUCGUUCCCAUGUUGGAUGUUUCAGUUUGGUCUGAAUUUCCGUGAUGUUGCCGUGGUUUCCUUCAGAUUUCCUCUAGGCCUUGAGUUUGCAGGGCUUCUGUCAUCUGUGGGUGCUGCAGUGGUAAAACAGCUUUGGUGUGUGGAGUUACCGCUGAGUCUGUGCCACAAAACUGCCACUCAGACUAUUCUUUCGCUAGUAACGGCGUGAGGAGCGUUUCAUGGCUGUCACAUUCAGCCCUGAAAAAGUUGCCCUUGAUCUUCCCUUGAGGAAACUUCAGAUGGCUGUUGUUGUUAGGUUUAGGGGGAAAAUAAUGCUUGAGAGAAGAAUGACUUUUGGACCUUUUUUGUCUCGCAGUUUCUGAAUGCAGCAAUUUCUAACAGGCUGCCAAGUUUCUCUACCUGUCCUUGAGUACUCAAUUAAAGGCUACGUACAUUUUCUCUUCUUACAGAAGGAUUCAACAUCAGCUCAGCUGUCUUGAAGCAAAAAAAGUUAAAUGAAUUAGAACUAAUUUAUUCAAUGUUCAAAUACACAAUUACAACAAGAAAUGCUGAAAAAAAAUGAUCAAAAAUGAUAAAACAAACCUCCGCCCACAGAGAAUCCACAAGUGGAAAGGCCAGGUCAUGGCAAGCGUGCACAUUUUUCAUGUUUAACUCUCCAGACAAGCACUAUGGUAGUGAGCAGAUAAAUCAAUAUCGCUUCCAAAUGGAUGAUUAGAUGAGGUACACUGUUUAAGAUAAACAAAAUCUUUGACAAAAAAAAAACAAACAAAUGCAUUAUAUUGGCCAUCAUGUCUGUGUCCUUAAAACCAGCCUUAAUACUAUUUAAAUAACGCAACCAAAUGCACUAUUGACUGUAAAGGUGCUUAUCCAACGAUGUUUUGCUUUCACAAACCUUUCAUACUACAGCAGAGAAAGUGAGCACAUGUGCGUGUGAGGGAGAGAGAAAGACCAUUACAUUGCAAUACAGUAUUGGAGCUUUUUCUUGCAAAAAGCAUCAGAGGAUGUCAUUCUCUUCCUGCUAAUUCACUCGUACCCACACUUAUACGCAUAUAUACAGGAAAAAAAAGACACAAAAAUGACAAAAAAAAAAAAAAAACCUCACUUGGCCAUGAUUUUAAACGACAAAACCCAACUGCUUUGCAUCUUCAGCACCAUACGGAGGUACUGCUCACUGCUCUAGCUUAAUUUCAGGACAGCUCUAUAUAAUAACCAUGUGUUUUAAAUGGUGAGGAUUUUAGUCAACACCACCUAGUGUCAGAUAUCAUAUAUAAUUGCUGUCUCAUAUUACUGUCUGUGUUGAAGUGUUAUGAUAGGCUCCAAAGCCUCAAAUCAGUGUGACUGUUUGUUCAUGUGUUUUAAAAAAAAGAGGAAAAAAAACAAAAAAAGGAGAAAAUCUGUCUUUUUUCCACCUACUCUUUGUUAAGCCAAAAUCGUGUAGCUUUUGUGAAUUUUUUACAGCUUAAUGUCGACACGAAUUUAAGACACAGUUCAAAUACUCAAAUUUGCAUAGCCUGUUUAUUGUUGCGUCUGUAUCGAGCGCCCGCAUCAUGGGCGAAUGGGGGGGGAUAAUAGAUUCACUUCACAAUUUUUUUCCUUAUUCACAUUAUAUACUUGCAACUCUUUAGCAUAUACUCUGUAGGUGUUUGGUUUUGUUUCUGUAGUUAUGUAAAGUGGUCGAUUUAAGUUCUAUCAUGCCGUUUUGUUUUUUUUUUUGUUCUUUUGGUGUACAGUACAGAUACAGGAUCCUCUUUGCUUUCACAGUCAGUUGAUUUUAUAUGAGUUUAUCGUAUUUUGUUUUUUUUUUUUCUCUCUCUGCAUUUUCAAAUAGUGUGUCAGUUUCUUGAUCUAUACAUUAUCUGUUUCUCCUUGCUGGUAGUUUUUGGGGCAGAGAAAACAAGAUAGAAUCACACACUGUCAAUCCAGUGGAGUUUUUCCCUUUUUGGGUAAAAAAUUUUCAAAUAGCUGGUCUUUCAGUUUUCUUGCACAAUCAAAAACGUUAUUCAUAACAACACACGUGUUGCUGGCUUUCAGCAAAAGCUGUAAAAUUCUGUAAGACUUUUUUGCAAGUGUUUCAUCCACGGCAGUUUUCUUUUAAACAGAAGUUUCAUCUAAUCACCACACUGGUCAUAUAGCAGUUCUGAAAUAAAAAAAGGUUAAUAUAAUCACAUCAACAGCUAUAGCAUAAUUACUGUACCAAUGUUGUACAUUGAGCUUCUUUCUGCCCUUUUUUGGAAGAAUAUAGUAGAAAGUUUAAUAACAAAGUGCCUCUUUGUAUAGCUCCAAGCAUGAUAACCAUACACAAAAAACACUGUCAGUUUUCAUCCAUUAUAAAAACAUAUGCCGUUGGCUAUAAUAAUAAUAAACAGUAAUAAAUAAUAAUAAUAAUCAUAAUUUUAAUACUUGUACAGUAUUUAAUCAUUACCGUCCUUACUUGCAAACAAUCACUGCCUAAAUUUAUUAAUCACAUGCAUAAAUUUACCGCCAUUUGUCUGUGAGCGAAGUUUUAAAGACUACCAGCAAUAAAUAUACAGUUCAAUCUGAAAAAAAAACAAAACAAACAAACAAAAAAAAAACCCAGGCUUUGCCUCGUAUCAUUUUAAGGACCAUAAGUAAGGGUGGUGGCUUUUAAUCCCUGAAAUCACCAAAAUAAAGCCUCUUUUGUACUAAAAAUAGUGUCCAAAGUGCCCCUCACCCUAAAAAUCAUACUUUAAGAAAAAGUCAUUUUGUAAUUUCCUUGUGAUAUUUUUUAACUUAAUUUCACAAGCGUAUUUUGUAAAUCAUAUGGCCUUCUAUUUACAGCGUCUACAUUUAAACCAGUUAAGUCCAAUGAUAGAUAUAUUUCUUUUUUAUUUUCAAGGCACUGAUAGUCGCCUUGUUGUGAGGAAACGUGUCCGAUUUGACUUUUCAAAUGCUUUGAAUGAAUGUUGAGUGUUGAGAGCAAAUGGCUUUGACGAGUGCGUGCUGGAAUACACAUUAUAAACAGAGCAUUAUGGGAUGGUUAUUGCUGACAAGCUGUCCAGGCAUAAUACAGUACUGUUUUCCUUUUAUCAGAGAGAAUUUGAAGGGGUUUAGUAGUAAAAAUGCAUCAUCAGAACGUACCUGGAAAUAAUUCAUUUAUUUAAUCGAUGUAUUUCAGUUCUAGAUUUCUUUGUUUGAUGUUAGAUCACUGGUUUGUUUUCUUUCUCAACGACAGUACUGGACGAUAUUCUCAGUUCAUCAUAUGCUAUUCCACUGCAGAUCCAAAGACAAGAAAAAACACUCUAUUUAUGGCCGCAAAGGUUUUUAAGAGGCAUUAUAAUACACAUAUUCUACAGUUUAUACAGAUUUUAACAGGAGAGAUUUGUUAACAUAGCUACGGAAAAUCUUUACAGAUAUUUAUGAACGCGCGAAAGCAGAUACAGAUUAUUCUUCACUUAUCAUGCGAGGAGGCGCGUUUCCAACUCAGAGCAGAAUUUGGGAUAGUAGUGCAGUAGGACUUCAUGAAUGCCGUACGUCUGAAAUGAACAACCCUCAUAAUCUUUGCAGUAGUAUUCGUGGAAGAUGACCUUCUGUGUUGACGCGAGACUGGUUUAAUGUAAGGAUUUGGAUUUAGGAAGUCAUCCUAGAUCAGCAGCAGGGAUAACUUGUGCCAUUUGCUGAAGCAUUGAGUGGAAAGAUUUUAUAUUUGAGGGCUUGUAAAGUAGUUUUGAGUGUGAGGAUGACAGAUGGCUGUCCUUGUGCUCGCUAUGCUGCAAGUGGAGGUGAAGCCAUGCUUUCACCCACCCUCUCCACCCUCUUGUGCGCUUCUCAUCUCUCCCACAAUCAGUUUACCUAGCAAAAAGAAAGAAAUGAAUUGUUCUCUUUGGGCUUUUCAGUGGCUUUUGCCUGAUGCUUCUCUUUAUUAAGGCAAAAAUAUUGCAAUUUAACAUCAUACCAUCUGCUAACCAGAAUGGGAAGAGGUCCCUUUUCAUUACAACAAUGAUGAUUGUGUUUAUUGGCAUUUUAAGUCGAACAAUUUAAUCGAAAACAGUUUUUUUCCUCCAUGGUGCCUGACCAAAAGUAGUAGGCAAUUUCCUUGGCUAACUACAACGCCACUUGACUGAUGGAACGAAAUCAAAUCAUUCAAAUUCAGCGCAACGGACCAGCUCAGUUUCCUAUUAUUCACAGCAUGAGUACACAAAAAGUGUGAGGAAAUCAAAGUGGUAUGACAAUUGAUAUGGCACACAGGAGCCAAGAAAAGCCGGACAGCAAAUAGAUAAUGUAGAUGUCUGAGAAUGUCAGUGCAUGAGAAAGAAAGGAGAUCUUGGACAAUUUUUGUUUUUUUAAACAUAAGGUUACUAAAAGACUGAAAAGAUAGUGCUGGUGCGGUAUUUCUAAAAAGGAUGCUAUGAUUUGGGUAAAAGCUGCUUCUUUUGCUUGUUAGGGUAGUGUGGGUUUUUUCCUUCAGCAGAUAAACUAAUUGUAGGUGUCUAAGCUGUACAGAAUGCGUGAUGGCAUCCGGCAAAUAAUGACUGAGAAAGGCAGCUUCCAGCUAACAGUGCCUGUUAGAACUUUAACUAACAUCUACGCACACAAACAAGUCUUUUUGCUAUUGAAACAACUUUGUUAUUCUCUUGAUGAUACGCACAAUAAUUUGACUUCUCCGUUAUUUCCACCACAUCUUGGUUUUUUUUGCAUGUUGAUAAAAAGUCUGCCGGCCAUUUAUUGUGAAAUGGCAGUUUAACAUGAAUUCAUUAAUGGUACUAAACUGUACCUGAUAAGAAAAUAUGGCAUGACCUUCAUUUAAUUUCUACUUUCAAAUGUCACUUACAACCCAUAUAUGUUCCUUAUAAAAGAGUGCCCAGCAUAAUUCAGAUUAAAUGAUUUUGUAGUGCUAUUUCCAGUAGCCACCCCUUUACUGUUCAUAUAUAUAUAUAUAUAUUGCCAUCUCUCUUCAACAGUAAGAUGAACUUUGAUGUCAUGCAGUAAUCUAACAUCUGUAAUUACCCUGUACAUGAUUGAAGUAUUAUUAUUAUUACUGUCAUUGCAAAUUUGAGUUGUCCUUGUAUCUCUUUAGGAGUGUUUAGAUUGUUCUUUGGGCGUCAGUAUUGUAAUCUAUAGUGAUGGUGGUUUUAAAACAGCCAUGUCAGUUUGUACACAGGGUUAGUCGUAUUAGCUUUAGUUUUGAUGUCCUAACUUGCCCUUGUGAAAGUAACAGACAAGCAAUCAAAAGAAACGUUCUGGCUAACUAUCAUUCAUAAUUCACAUUCCCCCCUCAGAAAUCCCAAACAUUCCUCAAUUUUCUAAUCCAGGUUCUGACUAUUCAUCCCUAAAGUUUGGCAUUCUCUUUUCAUGUGUUCGCUGGAAUCUUCAUUUGGUAACUCACUAUAUAUAAUAUGGUUAAAGUCAGGCAAAAUCAGUGCAAGUGAAAUAUUUCAAACAUCUAAAGUAUGCAUUCCACCAAGCCUGGAAAAAAAACGUUAGGCCUUUUGAAAGCGUCCUAUUGCUGCAUUUGUUAAACUGACUAAAUAUAUAAAUAUGUAUUUUUUCUAAAUUAUUUUUCAGUAUUCUGACUUGCUCUUUUAAUAAUCACGCUGGGCUGUUAACAUUCUGCAAAAACUAAUCAGAUUCCAGGUAGAACAUUAUGCUGAAAUUGUUGCCAGUUUCGCCAAUAAAGCAACAGCAAAUAACUCCAUUUAUCUGGCAAAUACUGUAAUCAAAGAUCCCAUUUCAGAAACCAUCCAUCAAUCACUACCCUUUAAUAUUCUACAUGGCUUCUAAAAGGCAUCUAGUUGUUGUCGUUUUUUUCUUUUUUUGCCACACCAAUUUUCUUAACAUUUGAUUUUAUGAUUGUUGUGCUCUGUUCAUGUGCACAACUUUACACAAUAUGCAGUUAUGUGACCUGAGAUUUGGUUUAGUCAGUGGUGCCAGCACACAACAGCUGUCAUGUGUCACCAGUUGAAUCCCAAAGGUGACCACCAGCCAAGUCUUUAAUGUAGCAAUGCUGAAAAACACAUGACAAUAGAUUGCCUUUAGGUCUUUUGAGCAGGCCUUUCAAAGCCUCUCACUUGUCCUCCAAAUAACAUCUAUGUCUACAGUCAAACAGAAUAACUUUCACUGUGCGAUCCUUUGGGAGACCUAAGUUUGUGUGUGGCUUAUUUUGGGAUUGGUUCCUUUGCUUGUACAUGUGCGCUGUACCCGCUACACUUGGCAAAUCUACGCUAGGUAUGCUAGCGCUAGGCUAAGGCUUCCGAGGUCUUUGAAUCAGUCUGGAUGCGGUGAGCUUCCUUUCGGGCACACUUUGUGUUUUGCAGAGGCAUUUUGCAGAGAAACUACUAUAGUUUUCUUAUUUGCAUCCAUGUUGGACAGAACUGAUUUUAUCAAACGACUAGGAAAGAUAAUUGUAGUUCCUGUAAACACCAAAGAAUCUUUUCAAAUUCCAAGCAGAUAUAGUAAUGUGAUUUGUGAGCGGAAAAAAAAAUGAAAUGUGAAAUAUAUUUUGGCUAAAAUUUGGUUCUUAAUUUUCGGUAUCACCUAUCAUACUAACACACAUUGGUAAACUAUAAGUUGGAAGGUUCACAUAGCUAUCAUUGACCAAAAUGUCGUUUUUUACAACAUAUAAAGAGAUAUCAAUAUCCAUAAAAGUAGAGGUGCAGCUCAUUUAUAAAAUGUGUAUGUGUUGCAGUACGGUAGUGAUUUAGGAUAAACCGUUUUACAACGUGAACUAUUUUUCAUCCUAAGUCCCUUGUUAAUACACAUUGCUCUGUUUUAUUUGUUUCUCGUUGUCUGUUCAUUUUGUGAUAACGUAUAACUAAGCCUUGUGUUUCUUUCUCAAAGAACUGACAAAGUAAAAUGCACUGGACUGUUGGACAAUAGUAACAAUUGCCAUGUGCAAUUAGAUUUUUUUUUCCCUGAAUGUUAUUGUAAAAAUUUCAAAAAUGGUAUCAAUCUUCCUGUCCCUAGUGGUGGAAAGGAUCUGUAGAUUUUUUUUGUUUGUUUUUCUUCUUUUUUGAUGAAUCAAAAUGGACCAAGCUGUUUAUCUGUUGUGUUUGCACAUAGUAGUUUUUUCGAUUUUUCGCGAUGUAUUAAGGCCAUCAAGCGACUCCCUGUCGUACCGUGACAAGUGAAAGAGAAAGAUCAAAUUCGUUCAUUCAAAAAUCCUUCAAAUGCCAUGAAAAAACACCUUGUAACUAAUUCUAGUGCCUGUUAGACAUGUAUCUCACUCUUCCAGCAAAGAACUCACUCAGUCUUAUAGAUGGAAUCAUGUAAAAUCACACAGCGAACGUGAACAUUUACCUGUUUAUGAAUUUGUGUCAUCUUUUCAACCUAAAGGACCAAAUUCCCUAUUUUUUGUGGCGUGGUACAUGAUCAUAUAACAAUAACUAUUAUUAUAUAGUGUAAAUAUUUGGAUGGAAACCUUCAUAUCAGAGUAGAAUGUAACCCCUUGGUAAUUAGAAAGGCAAUAUAAUGGUGAAGCAUGAGCUCAUUUAGAAUUAAUUUAGCUUACUUGGGUUAGAUAUUUGUCAGCAUAUAUGCAUAUAUAUAUAUUUCUAUACAGUUGCAGGACAUUGAAACCUACUGUGGGUCAGUUAGGAUCAUCAUCAUCACUUCCCUGUUCUAUGAUGUACAUUUUAGUACUGUAAAACUGGAGACCUAUGGAUGUCCACUUUCAAGAUUAGGCUAGUUCAUGUACAAAAAAAAAAAACAAACAAAAACCAAACAAAAAAAACAUGCUUUUUCUUUCAUUAUGCUAUUUAUAGCCAUAUCUUACACAUUCUUGUAGGCAAAUACCUUCUUAAACACAUAUAAAGCACUUAUACAUAAUUUAUUUUCACGUUUUUCAUAAUCGCCCUGAUCGCGUUCAUACUAAAGGUUUAUAUUAUGAUAUACAAUAACUGUAGAAAACUGGGCAGAAGUGGAGCUGUUGUAGUAAAGGUAUAUUUGACAUCUUUCAGUAACUAAGCAACCCUAAAUUAUAUGCUGCAGUAACAAUUUUCUUUUGUACGGUGUUCUUUAGUGCUCUAAGUUGGUUUGUCUUUUUUAUUACUGUUUAAAAAAAAGUUUGUUUUCUUUGUGAUGACUGCUGUUUUGAGGUAGGGUAUAUAAGGGUUUUAUAAAUGUGUGUACAAGGCCGUUUUAUACUUUGACUUGUCAAACACUGGACUAAAGUAAGUCUUUGUAUACAUAUAUAUAUAUAUAUAUAUAUAUAUAUAUAUAUAUAUAAGUUAUCCUUAGUGAGACACGAACAAGCAGCACAGUACACAGCAUUUCGAAAACUUUAUUUCGAUGUGAACGUUUCCAAACAUCCCCUCCCAAAUUCCUAUAUUAAUAAUAACACAGUGAGAUUCGUAACGUAUACAAAAAGGGAAACCACUGAACUAAUAUUUGAAAAAACCACUACGUAUAUCAGCCAGAUAAUGUGGUUGCACGUUUUCACGAUCCUAUUUGAUGUUAAAUCAAACUACCACUUUUCAAACUAGAAAAGAGAUUUGCACUAAAAUAAUUUUCAGUCUUCUUCAAGUGUUUUUUCCACUGGGCAGUGUGGCACGGCAUGGUACAGUUAGUUUGUGUGCCGGUGUCAGUUUCUCAAUGUACAACAGAACUGUAAACUGCAGGGUUUUCUUGAGGUCUGUUUGGUUACAUCAUUUCUCAGUAAACUCAACAGCAAAAGUGGAGGAGCUUCAAGUUCUGAUUCAGCUUUUAGUGGGUUUUUUUUUUUUUUUUUUAGAAAUGCUGUUGUCUGACUCAAGUUGCCCUGAGCUCUGCAGUCCUCCUCAAAGUUCAGACUACGUAUGUCAACAACAUGCAGAUGUGCAGGGCAAAACAUGCCCAUGUACAAUGGUUCAUAAUAGAUUACAAGCAUGAUGUAUCUGAAUGGCAAGAUGAAUUACAAAUGUAUUUUAGCUCCUAAAUAUCUUCUUCUAUGCCAUGUUGGUAAUCAAAACCCUCCACACUGAUUGGUCUUCCCCUGUUUCUCCAAGAAUUUUAUUUAGGAGGCCACUGUACUGCGGCCCUCCCCAAAGAGGGCGCUCUUCAGUUCCCCAGCAAAAUGAGGAAUGGGACAGCCUCACGAAUCUCAAGACCAUGUGCAAAUUAAACGACAAAUGCGCCAAGUAAGAUUGGGGUAAAAGCAGCACAGGUACUCAGUUAUGAUGGACACUUGGCAAAGAAAUUAAUGACAAAAUGUGAACACGAUCUGUAACCGUACCAACCAUGCGGCACUGCCUGGUGGAAAAACGCCAUUUGAUAAACAGCAAUAGUUUAUGACGCAGAACAACCUGACAAAUUCUUUUAAAAACAGUAGUAUAACAAACUAUAAAAGCUGUGUGUGCACUAUAGCUAUAGCACGAUGCUGUGUUUCUAAUGAAAUGAGAUAUUUGAGGAGGGUUUCUUCAUUAUUUGUGUAUAAAGGUACAGAAUGGAAGACGUGCGAUGCCCUCAAGGCUCGCGCAACAUAAAUAGAUGCUGACAUAAGUGGAAACGUCCGAGUUUGAGGCGCAUAAAAAAAUUGUACUUCCUGUUUCCUCGCGUGAUUGUUUUUGGACGAAAUUGAACGAACUGCUCUCACAAGCCCCCUCUGCCUCUGAGCGAGAGGGGGGGAUGAAGAAGUGGAGAUACGUUCCAGAAACAUGAAGCCACCAUAAACUGGUCUUUCAGAAAGUGAUAAAAUCUUACAAAGUUCAUGCAGGCUUACUAUCUGUAUGCUGAAAUUGAUGGAAUUAUCCUUCUUGCUUUGGUUUUUUGAAUCUGUCGUCGUUGCUGGUGUCGUUGCUGCUUCCGUCAUCACUCUUUGACAGUUUAACUGAUUUGCAGUCAUCAGAGUGGCAACAUGUUUCUGGGACGUGGCUUAAAAGACACAAAUUUAUGCCAUAAGUCACUUCGUGUGACUUUACCAAUAGGAAAUGCGCUUUUCCUUUCAGUGUGUGACGUCAGUUAAACGUAAAAAAUUACAGUCCACACGUAUAUAUAAGUCAUAAUUAUCCAUGAAGGAAAGUGAGGUCGGGAUUAAAGCCAAUAUAUACAAAGAGCUGUUUUCCUUUAUGGGUAAUUAUACAAGAUCAAUAAUAAGCAAAUGAUAGCAAUCAUAAAUAGUGACAAUUUUUGAUUUUUUGGAAAUAGUGGCUUUCCUGUUAUAACCGCUUCGUGGUGUUAUUGAAAGGUGUUGCAGUAUGUCUAAAAUUGUUGCGUGUUAGAGGAAGCAUAAGUAUGUGCCUUCAUGUUAUCUUCUUGGUGAGCUUGUUAUUAUUGAGAAGCUGAAGCUGAAGCCAGCCAAUUGUGUUUGCACUAAAAACCAAAAUUGCUUUUGUGAUGUAGGUUAUUUAAGCAAGCUUGUUGCGUCACUUUAAACGUGUGCAUGAGGGUGAUACUUUGGUAAGUCCUAGGGCUAGAGCUCUCAUAUGCUGAUCUGUAAAAACUAGUGCAGCUUAGGAAAUCCCCGGGAUAAAAAAAGAAAUAUCUCCGCUUCGUUCUGUGUCGUAUUUGGUUGGACCCAUCCCAUUCCUUCAUCACGUCUUGUAGUGACAUAUUCCACACUGAAUAUAUAUCUAUGUAUAAACACGAUGCAUAUAUAUUCUAAAAAAGAAGAAAAAAGAAUAAAAGAAACAAACCUAAACAGACGAAUAUUUCACCAUGCCACAAUAGAGUAUUUUUUACAUUGUCUGUGGAAGAGAUAGUCACACAUUUCUCUGAAUCAAUGGGGUUGCAUGAAUUCAUGAGGUCGCCUCGAGACUAUUGGUCAUUAUAUUUGGGUUGUUUUUACUAAGUUGUGUUUCUUUUGUAAAUUAUUAUUAUUAUUACUAUUAUUAUUGUUUCUUGAAAUCUAAAAAAAAGGCCUACAUGCUUUGAGUCUUACAAAUGCACCUUAUUCUUGCCUGACUGAAACGAACAGACAGGCCUUGUAAUAUCUCUAAUUUAGCACCUUACUACACAGCAUGAUUUCACUUUAUGCCAGUUUUGCUAUACUUCCAUUGCAUAUGAUUUAAAAUAAUAAUAAAAAAAUAAACCUUAUAUAUUUUGUGAAAAUGUUCAAAGGGAUGUGCCAAAGUUUGGAGGCGAUCUCCCUAGUUUUUAUGCUUAUUAUUCUUUUAUUUCUUUUCUCCUUCAGUUAUUACAAUGGUAUGUCAUGUAACCUUUCCUAUAAAUGUGUUUAAGGAAAAAAAAAAUUAUUUCAGCAAACAGUAUCAUUACCUGCCAUUUUACAGUAAGCCCUGUAUUUCACGUAUAUUUACCAGUGAUGUGUAUUUGUUAUUAUACAGAAAAUAGCCGUAAAAGCUUCAUUAUGUUACAUAAUAUUGUGACUUUUUUCGAAAAACUGUGAAGACUUAUCUUGCAUAUACUUUAUACAGAAGUAUUAAGCCUUAAUACAAAAGACUAAAAAAAGGAGUGGAAGAAUAACUGAUUGUUGCAAAGUAAGGAUGAUUUUUUGUAAAUGUUACCAGCACUUUUUUUGUAAUUUUCACUCUCUGAGGUAUUGUACAAGUUCACGCUGUUUGUGAAGUUUGAAUAUGAAGGAAUAAAAACUAGUACUUUCCUGUACUUCACAGAA